CCGCGCACACUCGCACCCGCCGCUCCCCGGGUCCCCGUCCGUCCCGCCGCCGUCGGAGCCGCCAUGCAGCCCCCGCGCACCGCGCUCCUCUCGCCGCCGCGGCUGUGGCUCCUCCUGCUGCUGGCGGCGCCUGGCUGGGCGCUGCCGUCCUGGGCCGGCCGCUCGGCGCCCGCCGCCACCGGCCCCGCCGCGGGCUGCCCCGAGCGGUGCGAGCCUGCGCGCUGCGCCCCGCCGCCCACCGACUGCGAGGGCGGCCGCGUCCGCGACGCGUGCGGCUGCUGCGAGGUGUGCGGCGCGCCCGAGGGCGCCGCGUGCGGCCUGCAGGAGGGGCCGUGCGGCGAGGGGCUGCAGUGCGUGGUGCCCUUCGGGGUGCCCGCCUCGGCCACCGUGCGGCGGCGCUCCCAGGCCGGCCUCUGCGUGUGCGCCAGCAGCGAGCCGGUGUGCGGCAGCGACGCCAAGACCUACGCCAACCUGUGCCAGCUGCGCGCCGCCAGCCGCCGCUCCGAGGCGCUGCGACAGCCGCCCAUCAUCGUCCUGCAGCGGGGCGCCUGCGGCCAAGGGCAGGAAGAUCCCAAUAGUCUGCGUCAUAAAUAUAACUUCAUUGCUGACGUGGUAGAGAAGAUUGCUCCCGCUGUGGUUCACAUCGAGUUGUUCCGCAAGCUUCCUUUCUCCAAGAGGGAGGUGCCGGUGGCCAGUGGGUCUGGCUUCAUCGUGUCAGAAGAUGGGCUGAUCGUGACCAACGCCCACGUGGUAACCAACAAGCACCGGGUCAAGGUUGAGCUGAAGAAUGGAGCCACCUACGAGGCCAAGAUCAAAGAUGUGGAUGAGAAGGCUGACAUUGCAUUGAUCAAAAUCGACCACCAGGGAAAGCUGCCCGUCCUGCUGCUGGGCCGCUCCUCAGAGCUGCGGCCGGGAGAGUUUGUAGUUGCCAUCGGAAGCCCCUUUUCCCUCCAAAACACAGUCACCACGGGGAUCGUGAGCACCACGCAGCGAGGCGGCAAAGAGCUUGGGCUCCGGAAUUCAGACAUGGACUACAUCCAGACAGAUGCCAUCAUCAACUAUGGAAACUCCGGAGGCCCAUUAGUGAACCUGGAUGGUGAGGUGAUUGGAAUCAACACUCUGAAGGUGACUGCGGGCAUCUCCUUUGCCAUCCCGUCUGACAAGAUCAAGAAGUUCCUGACUGAGUCUCAUGACCGGCAGGCCAAAGGAAAAGCCAUCACCAAGAAGAAGUACAUUGGUAUCCGAAUGAUGUCACUCACAUCCAGCAAGGCCAAAGAGCUGAAGGACCGCCACCGAGACUUCCCAGAUGUGCUCUCUGGGGCGUAUAUCAUCGAAGUCAUUCCCGACACCCCGGCAGAAGCUGGCGGUCUCAAGGAAAAUGAUGUCAUCAUCAGCAUCAAUGGACAGUCGGUGGUCUCUGCCAAUGACGUCAGUGACGUCAUUAAAAAGGAAAAUACCCUCAACAUGGUUGUCCGCAGGGGCAAUGAAGACAUUAUGAUUACGGUGAUUCCAGAAGAAAUCGACCCCUAGGUGGAGGCAGGAGCUGGACUUCAUGUUCCCUCGAACACUGUCUAGUGGAUGAUGCGUGGGGACUCUGGGCUGGUGGCAGAGGACACCUGGGACUCUUCGCCACCGUCUCCUCGGUUCGGUGGAAAUGCCCUGGCCUACAGAAUCCUUCUUGAUAGUUUGCAGGCAAAACAAAUGUAACGUUGCAGGUGUGCAGGCAGAAGCUCCGCCUCUGUAUCCUAUGUAUGCUGCGUGCUUGCCCUCGCCAGCUUGGGCCGCUCCUGCGUAGACAGUCAACAUUUGUCCCUUCCUUUAACUGAGCUGUCGUCUUAAUCUGACUAAUGCAGUUGACGUGGUGCGUAGAUGAGAGGAAGGCCCCUGGGAACCAGAAGGGUUCUGGCCCUGGUGACAUUUCCUCCGAGUCAGCACCGACGAGGUGGACGCGUGGAGACCACGGGUGGUGAGCCCUGGCUUCUGAGCUGGCCAGAGUCGCCUCUUUUAGGAAUCUCUUCAGAACAGGGGAGCAAGAUGACGUUGAAUUUGAGCUAUUAAAGUACUUCUUCAUA